UUUUACUUGAAUUUUGCAUCUCUGUUUUGCAUGGUUUUUCUGAAUGCAUAUUCAAUAUUGGCUCUGUAGUUUCAGAUUUGUACUUAAAUAACGCAACCUCAUCAGCUUCAUCCUGGUUCGCGAAUAUUUAUUAAAAUCAAAUGAGUUAACCGGCGUGUACUGUGUCUUUAAAAUUGACGAACCUCGACGCCUUUAUAAGGAAGGGAUGGAGUUGACAUGGAAGCGUGCUAUAUUGAGAUUUUUCCAAGGUUUUAAGGACUUAGGUAAUCAUGAUUUACAUCAUAUAUACUCUCAGUCUGCUGAUAAGCGUUACUUUUUCAGGGGUCGAAUAUUCAGGCUUUGCAUGUGAAAGGAAGGCAUCAGCACGUUCAAUGGGAAGUCCUUUACGCAGUGGAAAUUCCAGAAAGUCUAAUGAGACAAUGAAGUUCACUGUAACAGUUUUUCUUGGAGUUGUUUUUGGCUUCCUUCUGGGAAUUUCGUUUCCAACACUCUCAUUAGCUAAGAUAACUCUCCGAUCUGGCCUUUUCCCAUCAAUUGAUCUCACAAAGAUUGAGGACGACGGUUAUUCACGUAUUUCAACCGAAGGAAUUUGGGAUGCGUGGGCUUCUUUUAGCGGUGACAGAAGCAUUUUUAAUGGAAUUCAAAAAUAUGACGAGGCCAAUAUAUGGGUUCCCACAAAUCCUCGAGGGGCUGAAAGGUUACCCCCUGAUAUAGUCAAAUCUGAGUCAGAUCUUUAUCUUCGUCGAUUAUGGGGUCAGCCCGUGGAGGACCUAGCCAUCGAAACAAGGUAUCUUGUAACUUUCACUGUUGGUUAUGAUCAGAAAGACAAUAUUGAUGCCGCAGUGAAAAAGUUCUCCAAGAACUUCACCAUUGUUUUGUUUCACUAUGAUGGUCGGACUAGUGAGUGGGACCAGUUUGAGUGGUCCAAGCGGGCGAUCCAUAUAAGUGCUCCGAAGCAAUCUAAAUGGUGGUUUGCUAAACGCUUUCUGCAUCCUGACAUCGUGGCACCCUAUGACUACGUCUUCAUUUGGGACGAGGAUCUUGGCGUGGAGCAUUUUGAUGCAGAGGAGUACUUGAAAUUAGUUAGGAAACAUGGUUUGGAGGUUUCACAGCCUGGUCUUGAUUCGGAUAGAGAUAUUACAUGGCAGAUGACAAAGAGAAGAGAUGAUAGCGAAGUCCACAAGAAUGCUGAGGAGAGAGAUGGUUGGUGUCCUGAUCCGCAUUUGCCACCUUGUGCUGCAUUUGUUGAAAUCAUGGCUCCUGUAUUCUCCAGAGAUGCAUGGCGUUGUGUGUGGCAUAUGAUACAGAAUGACCUAAUUCAUGGAUGGGGUCUAGAUUUUGCUCUCAGAAGAUGUGUGGACCCUCCCCAUCAGAAAAUAGGAGUAGUAGAUACUCAGUGGAUUGUUCAUCAAGGCAUUCCUUCGCUUGGGGAUCAGGGGCAAGCACAGGGCGAGAAGGCUCCAUGGGAAGGGGUGAGAGCGAGGUGCCAUGCAGAAUGGGAAAUGUUCAGAGACAGAAUGGGUAAUGCAGAGACGGCCUAUUUUCAGGCACUACAAAGCGGUUCCUCUAACUCCUCGGCUAGUUAGGGUCAUGCACUGAUGUCUUAGCCAAAAAAGCGAGUUUAGCUUUUUAGAAUUUCUACAAGCUAGUCAUUUUGACCUAGUAGCUUGAGCUAUAUUGUUAGGGAUUCCUUAGUGCAUUCCUUUAUGAUGAUAGGAAACUAUAUAUAUAUAUAUAUAUAUAUUAUGCUAAUGAUAUCAUUUUUAGAGUGUCA